CGCCCGGGAGAUGCCCGAGCCCGCGGCGGGUCCCCCGCGCGGCGAGGCCGCCGUGGAACUCGGCGCCUCCGCGCGCCGGCAGCGGCCGGGCGGACGCGGGUAGAGCCGGCGCUGCCGCCGCCUCCGCAGGCCCGUGCCGGGCGAGACAUGGAGCCGCCCGACCUCCGGGACGUCGAGCAGAAGCUGGGGCGCAAAGUGCCCGAGAGCCUGGCGCGGCCCCUGCGCGGGGAGGAGCUCCCGGCCCGGCCCGCUGCGGCCCCCGGCCCUCGGCACCGCCGCGCCGCUGCGCUGGCCCGUCUGGAGGCAAAACUUCAGCUCCUGAGGCAGGAGAUGGUUAAUCUUCGAGCCACUGAUGUGAAACUUAUGCGCCAGCUCCUCAUCAUCAAUGAAAGUAUUGAAUCAAUCAAGUGGAUGAUUGAAGAGAAGGCCAUCGCCAGCAGGGGCAGUAGUUUGAGUGGCAGCCUGUGCAGCUUGCUGGAAAGUCAGGAGACAUCCCUGCAUGACAGCUGUAACAGUUUACAAGACUGUAGUGAUGGACUGGAUGGAAUAUCAGUGGGGAGUUAUUUGGACACCUUAGUGGAUGAUGUCCCUGGUCACCAAACUCCUUCGGAUAUAGACAAGUUCAGUGAUUCUUCUGUUACAGAGGACCCACAACCUCUUCACAAACAUCCCAAAAUUGAUUCUGAUGAGUACUACUGUUUUGGCUAAUAAGAAAAUGUUCCAGUGGGACACAAAUGCACUUAUUCUUUUUCUUUGCUGCUAUUUUAUUUCAUGUGCAAAAGCCCCAAAGUUCUCUUGGCAAGAGAACAUAAAAUGAUACUUCAAUUCUACUGCCUAAAUUUUCUGUUGCUUCUAAUGCAUUUUCUGCUUGAUAGGUUGGGCUUUUCUUCUCCUCACAUUUUCUUAAUUUAUUGUCAUAAUUUUUCUUUCUAUUUUUAUUUUUGUUUUAAUUUUUUACAUUGCUGUAUUUACAGGUCUUUAAAAGUGCUGAAGAAAAAGCUUUAUCUUUAAAAUGAGACAUCAGGGAAUGGGAGCAACAAUAUUGUCUUUGUUAGCAAUAAAAUACCUUCUAAAAAAUAUAUGUUGCCAUAAAUUUUAUUGACUACCAGGUUCGGUCUUUUCAAAGACACUGUUCUUACUGAGGCUUAAAUCUGAAUCUUGAAAAUACCUCUGAAAGUAUUUUUUCUUUUAUAAGCAAUGAAAUUUGGUUCCGUUAGGCUGUCUUCACUUUAAAUAUAAAAUAUCCUAAA